AUAGUGUAAAUAAAAACCCGAUAAUAAAGACCACUUUAUGUUUAUUUUCUCAGCAACAUUUUAACGACAUCGUCUGUUUAGUGUUUUUUUAUUCAGGCAAUCUGCUAUUAGGACUCAGGGGUCUUUCUUUCUUCCAGCGUUGGGAAAACGCAAUCAAUCUAAACAAGCUAAAAGUUCUGUUUCUGGGUGAUCAAUAAGUUUAUUGACAGAUUUAGUCUGUAAAUAAAUCAAUCGAUCAGUUUAAAACGUUCAGAACAUGUCGUCCGUUCACUGUGCGGCUAACGGGGACUGCAGCGAUACAGCGGCGCUGGAUAAAGAGCAUCCGAGGGUGCUCAUCCCUGAGCUCUGCAGACUCUUCUAUCAGCUCGGCUGGGUGACGGGAACGGGAGGUGGCAUAAGCCUCAGACAUGGAGACCACAUCUACAUCGCCCCAUCUGGAGUUCAGAAGGAAAGAAUACAGCCAGAAGACAUGUUUGUAUGUGACGCGGAUGAAAAGGACAUCAGCAGUCCACCUGCAUGGAAGAAGCUGAAGAAAAGCCAGUGCACCCCGCUUUUCAUGAAUGCCUAUACUAUGAGAGGAGCCCAGGCAGUAAUUCAUACGCACUCUAAGGCUGCGGUGAUGGCCACUUUGCUGUUCCCUGGAAAAGAGUUUCGUAUUACUCACCAGGAGAUGAUCAAGGGGAUCCGCAGAGGAAACUCAGGCUCAAAUUUCAGAUAUGAUGACACUCUGGUGGUGCCCAUCAUUGAGAACACGCCAGAAGAAAAGGACCUGAAAGAGCGCAUGGCCAGAGCGAUGGAGGACUACCCCGAUUCCUGUGCUGUCCUUGUCAGACGACAUGGAGUCUACGUCUGGGGAGAGAGCUGGGAAAAAGCCAAGACCAUGUGUGAAUGUUACGACUACUUGUUUGACGUCGCUGUUCAGAUGAAGCAGUUUGGUUUAGACCCGUCUGCGCUGCCCACUGAAGCCAAAGGCAUUGUUUGAUGUGAGGUCCAUUACUGGCGUCAGGAUGACAUCAGCCUUUAGAAAAGAAGACAAUGAAACACGUAUUUCUGCUGUCAACCUGGAAGAACUGUGAAUGUGCUUCAAUCAGACAUCAGCUUCAAUCAGACAACAGCUGGUAUUAUAUGUGUCCAGGUGCAUCUUUUUUGAUAUUUGUUUAAAUAUCACCAUUUCAAUAAGGACAAUAAAACUUUGAUUGCUGUGAUUAAAAAAAAAUCUUUAAUGCUCCCUAACUCUCCCUGCUGUUGACAAACCCUAAGAAUAUUCCAGACCUUUCACAUGUUGUUUUUAUUUUUUUGCAAUUAUGAUUGGUAGUCAAUAAUUAUAGUAUGUUUUAUCAGCAAAUUGGUCCUUAAGUCAAGUAACUAAUAUUGCAAAUUUUGGAUAUUCUCUCCCUGUCAUUAAAGGAAAUGGCGACAA